AUGGGUAGACAUUUGGCCAUGCUUUUACACUUACUCCUUCUCCAGUAUUUUGGAGACACCGAAGGAAGCCAAAGAACUGAACAGACUCCUGAAAUCAUGCAGUUUACACAGUUUCAAUACAAUGUCACUGUCUAUGAAAACUCUGCGGCCAAGACUUACGUCGGGCAUCCUGUAAAGAUGGGCAUUUAUCUCACAGAUCCCUCGUGGGAAGUACGGUACAAAAUUAUUUCAGGGGACAAUGAGAACCUGUUCAAAGCUGAAGAACAUAUUCUAGGGGACUUUUGCUUUUUAAGAAUAAGGACCAAAGGAGGUAACACAGCCAUUCUUAACAGAGAAGUGAAAGAUCAUUACAUGUUGACUGUGAAAGCAGUGGAAAAAAAUACCAAUGCUGAAGCCCGCACCAAAAUCAGGGUCCAAGUCCUGGACACCAACGACUUAAGACCCUUGUUUUCUCCCACCUCCUACAGCGUUUCUCUGCCCGAAAACACCAUCAUCAGGACCAGCAUCGCCAGGGUCAGUGCGACGGACGCUGAUAUAGGAACGAACGGAGAAUUUUACUACAGCUUCAAAGAAAGAACAGACAUGUUUGCCAUUCACCCCACCAGCGGUGUUGUGGUUUUGACGGGCAGGCUUGACGCUGCGGAGACCAAACUGUACGAGAUGGAAAUCCUCGCCGUGGACCGUGGGAUGAAAUUGUACGGCAGCAGCGGCAUCAGCAGCAUGGCCCGCCUGACCGUUCACGUGGAACAGGCCAACGAGUUCGCGCCGGUGAUCACGGCGGUGACGGUCUCCCCGUCCGAGCUGGACAAGGAUCCCACCUACGCCAUCGUGACGGUGGAAGACCACGACCAAGGUUCCAAUGGCGAGAUCGCUUCUUUGAGCAUCGUGGCCGGAGACCCGCUUCAGCAGUUCCGGACCGUGAGAUCCUUCCCGGGUGGCAAGGAAUAUAAAAUCAAAAGCGCCGGUCACGUGGAUUGGGAGAGCCAUCCCUUUGGGUAUAAUCUCACUCUUCAGGCUAAGGAUAAAGGCAGUCCUCCACAGUUCUCCUCUGUAAAAGUCAUUCACGUGACGUCUCCACGGUUCAAGGAAGGACCCGUUCGAUUCGAGAAAGAUCUUUAUAGAGCAGAAAUCAGUGAAUUUGCCCCUCCUCACACUCCUGUGGUCAUGGUAAAAGCCGUACCUCAUUAUUCACAUUUAAAAUAUGUUUUUAAAAAUACUCCCGGGAAAGGCAGAUUCCAUAUAAAUCCCAACACCGGUCUCAUCACCAUUUUAGAGCCCGUCAGGACUCGGCAGGCGUCGCAUCUCGAAUUUGACGUCACCACCAGUGACAGGAAAGCCUCCACCAGAGUCUUGGUGAAAGUUCUGGGCGCAAACAGCAACCCCCCCGAAUUUGCUCAGACGUCCUACCGAGCGUCCUUCGAUGAGAACGUGCCGAUAGGGACGAGCGUGAUGAGCGUGAGCGCGGCCGACCCAGACGAAGGCGAGAACGGCUACGUCACGUACAGCAUCGCCAACCUCAAUCACGUGCCCUUCGUCAUUAACCAUUUCACGGGCGCCGUGAGCACUUCGGAGCACUUGGAUUAUGAGCUGAUGCCCCGGGUCUACACCCUGCGGAUUCGGGCGUCCGACUGGGGCCUGCCCUACCGGAGAGAAGUUGAAGCCGUCGUCACCCUCACGCUCAACAACUUGAACGACAACACCCCGUUAUUUGAGAAAAUAAACUGCGAGGGAACGAUCCCCAGAGACCUGGGCGUUGGGGAGCAGAUCACCACGGUGUCCGCCAUCGAUGCCGACGAACUGCAGCUGGUGAGAUAUCAGAUCGAAGCUGGGAACGAGCUUGAUUUAUUCAGCUUAAACCCCAGUUCUGGGGUCCUUUCGCUGAAGCACUCUCUGGUCGAGGGUUUAGGAGCCAAAGUUUCCUUCCACAGUCUGAGAAUUACCGCCACGGAUGGAGAAAAUUUCGCCACGCCGCUGUAUAUCAACAUUACGGUGGCGGCCAGUCGUAAACCUGUGAAUUUGCAUUGUCAGGAGACCGGGGUGGCCAAAAUGCUGGCAGAAAAACUUCUGCAAGCCAACAAAUUGCACAAUCGCGGAGAAGUGGAAGAUGUUUUCUUUGACACUCACUCCAUCAAUGCUCAUGCCCCGCAGUUUAGAAGCAGUCUUCCCACCAGCAUCGAGGUAAAAGAAAAUUACCCCGUAGGUUCCAACAUUAUCCUCAUGAAUGCGACCGAUCUCGACAGUGGUUUUAAUAGCAAACUGGUCUACGCUAUUUCUGGGGGAAACGAUGACAGCUGUUUUAUGAUUGAUUUGGAAACAGGGAUGCUCAAAGUUUUAUCUCCCCUUGACCGAGAGACGACAGAAAGAUACACCCUGAAUGUUACCGUCUACGACCUCGGGAUACCACAGAAAGCCUCCUGGUGUCUUCUAGACAUCAGCGUUUUGGAUGCCAACGAUAAUAAACCAGAGUUUUUACAAGAGAGCUAUUUCAUCGAGGUGAGUGAAGACAGGGAGCCGUACAGUGACAUCAUCCAGGUGGAAGCCGUUGAUAAAGAUCUAGGACCAAAUGGAGAAGUGAAAUAUUAUCUCCUCACGGACACGGACAAAUUUUCAGUCGACAGUGAGACGGGCAUUGUUAAAGUCGUGGGACCUUUGGAUCGGGAGAUGCAGCGGGUCCAUUUCUUAAAGAUCGAAGCCAGAGAUCAAGCGGAAGCAGAACCUCAGUUGUUUUCCACCGUGCUGUUGAAAGUAUCAUUAGAAGAUGUGAAUGACAACCCCCCUAAAUUCAUUCCAUCGAAUUACCUGGUGAAAGUGCGAGAGGAUCUCCCAGAAGGAACUGUCAUCAUGUGGCUGGAAGCCUACGACCCCGAUUUUGGACCGUCCAGUCAAGUGAGGUACAGCCUCAUCGACAGCGGAGAUGGAAGCUUUGACGUGGACAAACUCAGUGGAGCCAUUCGUAUUGUCCAGCAGCUGGACUUUGAGAAGAAACAAGUUUACAAUCUGACCGUCAGGGCCAAAGACAAAGGGAAGCCGAUUUCCCUUUCUUCCACGUGUUAUGUGGAAGUUGAGGUCAUCGAUGUAAAUGAAAACUUAAAUCCACCGCUGUUUUCCAGUUUCGUGGAUAAAGGCUUAGUGAAAGAAGAUGUACCUGUUGGGACGUCAGUGAUGACAGUGUCUGCCCAUGACGAGGAUGCAGGACGGGAUGGGGAGAUCCGGUACUCUAUAAGAGAUGGCUCUGGGGUUGGCGUUUUCAAGAUAGAUGAAGAGAAAGGUGUCAUAGAGACUGCCGAAAAGUUGGACCGUGAGACCGUCUCCCAUUACUGGCUGACAGUCUUUGCCACAGAUCAGGGGGUAGUGCCUCUUUCAUCAUUCACCGAGAUCUAUAUCGAAAUCGAGGAUGUUAAUGACAAUGCGCCCCAGACAUCGGAGCCGGUGUAUUAUCCAGAAGUCAUGGAAAAUUCACCCAAGGAUGUUUCUGUUGUUCAGAUUGAGGCUUUUGAUCCAGAUUCUAGCUCUAGUGACAAGCUGACCUACAAAAUAACGAGUGGAAAUCCACAAGGAUUUUUUGCAAUCCAUCCCAAAACAGCUAUCAUUGCAAAGGAUUUUGUGAUCUGCAGGGUGACAGUGACAGACAAUGGCAAUCCUCCAAAGUCAACCAUUGCAAGAGUGAUCGUGAAAAUCCUCGAUGAGAAUGACAAUAAACCUCAGUUCUUACAGAAGUUCUACAAAAUCAGACUCCCAGAACGUGACAAGCCAGAACGUGAGAGGGGUGCCAAACGGGAACCCAUCUAUCGGGUUAUAGCUACAGACAAAGAUGAAGGCCCCAACGCAGAGAUCUCAUAUAGCAUUGAAGAUGGAGAUGAGCACGGCAAAUUCUUUAUUGAACCCAAAACUGGAGUGGUUUCUUCUAAGAAAUUUUCAGGAGCACGAGAAUAUGAUAUUCUUUCAAUUAAAGCUGUUGAUAAUGGUCGCCCUCAAAAGUCAUCCACUGCCCGGCUUCAUAUUGAAUGGAUCUCCAAGCCGAAACCAUCGCCUGAGCCAAUUUCCUUUGAAGAACCUUAUUUUUCUUUUACUGUAAUGGAAAGCGAUCCAGUUGCUCACAUGAUUGGGGUGAUUUCUGUUGAACCCGUUGGCACACCACUGUGGUUUGACAUCAUUGGUGGCAAUUAUGACAGUCGCUUUGAUGUUGACAAGGGCACAGGCACCAUCAUUGUGGCCAGGCCUCUUGAUGCAGAACAGAAAUCAAAUUACAACCUGACGGUGGAGGCAACUGAUGGAACCACAGCCAUCGUCACUCAGGUGCUCAUCAAAGUGAUAGACACAAAUGACCACCGCCCUCAGUUUUCCAUGUCCAAAUAUGAAGUACUCAUUCCAGAAGACACAAUGCCCGACACGGAGAUUUUGCAGAUCAGUGCCUCGGACAAGGAUGAGAAAAAUAAACUGAUCUACACUCUGCAGAGCAGUACGGACCCCCUGAGCCUCAAGAAAUUCCGCCUCGAUCCUGCCACCGGCUCCCUUUACACGGCCGAGAAGCUUGACCACGAGGCCGUCCAUCAGCACGUCCUCACCGUCAUGGUGCGAGACCAAGAUGUGCCCGUCAAGCGCAGCUUUGCCAGAGUGAUCGUCAACGUCAGUGACACGAACGACCACGCCCCUUGGUUCACCAGCUCCUCCUACCAAGGACGCGUGUACGAGUCCGCCGCCGUCGGAUCCGUCGUGCUCCGCGUGACAGCCUUAGACAAGGAUAAAGGAGAAAAUGCUGAAGUUUUGUACUCUAUCGAAUCUGGGAACAUCGGGAAUUCUUUUACCAUUGAUCCUAUCUUAGGUUCUAUAAAAACUGCCAAAGAACUUGACAGAAGUAACCAAGGAGAAUAUGAUUUGAUGGUGAAAGCUACAGACAAAGGGAAUCCACCAAUGAGUGAAAUUACUUCUGUGCACAUCUUUGUCACCAUCUCUGAUAAUGCCAUCCCCAGGUUUACCUCUAAAGAAUACUCUGCUGAAAUCAGUGAAAGUGCUUCCAUCGGUAGCUUUAUUGGGAUAGUCAGUGCACACAGUCAGUCAUCUGUGGUGUAUGAAAUAAAAGAUGGGAACAUAGGCGAUGCCUUUGCUAUUAAUCCCAACUCAGGAGUUAUCAUUACUCAAAAGGCUCUGGAUUUUGAAACUCUCCCCUCCUAUACCCUGAUAGUACAAGGAACAAACAUGGCGGGUUUGUCCGCUAAUACAACAGUGUGGGUGCACCUUCAGGAUGAGAAUGACAAUGCGCCAGUCUUCAUGCAGUCACGAUACACAGGACUCAUCAGCGAAUCCGCUCCGAUCAGUAGCGUGGUCUUAACGGACAAAAAUGUCCCCCUGGUCAUUCGUGCCAUAGACGCUGAUAAAGAAUCAAAUGCUUUGCUCGUUUACCAGAUUGUUGAGCCUUCUGCCCAUAAAUAUUUUGCCAUUGAUUCAAGCACUGGUGCCAUUCGAACUGUUCUCAGUUUGGACUAUGAAGAAUCACACAUUUUCCAAUUCACCGUGCAAGUCCAUGACAUGGGAACACCACGUUUAUUCGCGGAAUAUGCAGCCAACGUGACUAUCCGUGUCAUCGACAUUAACGAUUGUCCUCCCGUGUUCUCCAAAAUGUUAUACGAAGCCUCUGUCUUGCUGCCGACGUACAGAGGCGUGAAAGUCAUCACGGUAAAUGCCACAGAUGCUGAUUCGCUGGCUUUCUCACAGUUGAUGUAUUCCAUUCCUGAGGGCAACAUUGGGGAGAAGUUUCUAAUCGAUCCUAAGACGGGUACCAUAACCGUACAAAACACAACCCAGUUAAGAAGUCGAUAUGAGCUGUUGGUGAGGGCAUCGGAUGGCCGAUUCACGAGCCAUGCCUCCGUAAAGAUCAAUGUGAAGGAGAGCAAAGAGAACCCACUGAGGUUUACCCAGAAUUCCUACUCUGCCCGAGUGAGGGAGAACUCCACGGAGCCCAGAACCAUCACUGUCAUCACCGCCAUCGGGAGUCAGAUCAAUGAACCUUUGUUCUACCAUAUCCUCAACCCCGACAGCAGGUUUAAGAUAAGCCGCACUUCGGGGGUUCUCUCAACCACUGGCGUACCAUUUGACCGGGAACAACAAGAGGUUUUUGAUGUGGUUGUGGAAGUGACAGAAGAGCACAAGCCCUCAGUGAUGGCACACGUCGUGGUCAGAGUUGUUGUAGAAGACCAAAAUGACAACGCACCCGUGUUUGUCAACCUGCCCUACUACGCGGCGGUCAAGGUAGAUGCCGAUGUGGGCCAUGUCAUCCGCUCCGUGACAGCCGUCGACAGAGAUAUUGGUAGAAAUGGGGAGGUACACUAUUACCUGAAAGAACAUCACGAACACUUUCAAAUUGGACCUUCUGGGGAAAUCUCCCUGAAAAAGAAAUUUGAGCCAGACACCUUAAAUAAGGAAUAUCUCAUCACCAUAGUAGCAAAAGAUGGCGGCGACCCAGCCUUCUCUGCUGAAGUUGUUGUGCCGAUUACAGUGAUGAACAAAGCCAUGCCUGUGUUUGAAAAGGCUUUCUACAGCGCUGAGAUCCCCGAGAACAUCCAGUUGCAUAGUCCAGUUGUCCAUGUCCAAGCGAACAGCCCAGAAGGUCUUAAGGUCUUCUACAGCAUCACGGACGGAGACCCUUUUAAUCAGUUUACUAUCCACUUCAAUACAGGAGUUAUAAACGUCAUAGCCCCUCUGGACUUUGAAUCUCACCCUGCAUAUAAACUAAGCGUCCGAGCAACUGACUCUUUGACCGGCGUCCAUGCUGAGGUCUUUGUUGACAUAAUAGUGGAAGACGUCAACGAUAAUCCUCCUGUCUUCACACAGCAGUCGUACGCAACAACUCUGUCGGAGGCAGCUGUGAUGGGAACGUCUGUUGUUCAGGUUCGGGCGACAGAUUCAGAUUCUGCACCCAAUCGGGGGAUUUCUUAUCAUUUGUUUGGAAACCAUAGCAAAAGUGCUGACCAGUAUUUCCACAUAGAGAGCAGCAGUGGACUUAUUUCUUUGGUGAGAGCCCUGGACUAUGAGGAGACUCAGCGGCACGAGCUGCUGGUCAGGGCUGUUGAUAGUGGCAUGCCCCCGUUGAGUAGUGAUGCCAUUGUGACAGUGGAUGUCACUGAUCUCAAUGAUAAUCCGCCAUUAUUUGACCAGCCCCUCUAUGAAGCAAAAAUCAGUGAGCAAGCCCCCCAUGGACAUUUUGUGACCUGCGUGAAAGCCUAUGAUGCAGACAGUUCAGACACUGACAAAUUGGAAUACUCCAUCCUAUCAGGGAAUGAGCAUAAGAGUUUUGCAAUUGACAGCAAGACAGGCAUAAUCACCCUUUCAAACCUGCGCCAUCAGACCUUAAAGCCAUUUUACAGUGUCAAUGUUUCCGUGUCUGAUGGCGUCUUCAGGAGCUCUUCACAAGUGGAGAUUAUGGUCAUCCAAGCCAAUUUGCAUAGCCCUGUUUUCAUGCAGAAUGAAUAUGAAGUAGAGCUGGCUGAAAAUGCCCCUUUGCACACCCUGGUGGUUGAAGUCAGAGCAACCGAUGAGGAUUCUGGAAUUUAUGGCCAAAUUACUUACCAUAUUGUCAACGACUUUGCCAAAGACAGAUUUUAUACGAAUGAGAGAGGGCAGAUUUUUACCUCCGAAAAGCUUGACCGGGAAACCGCAGGAGAAAAGGUCAUUGCAAUUCGAUUGAUGGCCAAGGAUACCGGAGGAAAGGUGGCUUUCUGCACUGUCAACGUGAUCCUUACAGACGAUAAUGAUAACGCCCCUCAAUUCCGAGCGACCAAGUACAAAGUGAACAUCGGAUCUGAUGCCCCCAAAGGUACAUCUGUCAUCAAAGUGCUCGCGUCCGACGCCGACGAGGGAUCCAACGCGGACAUCACGUACUCCAUAGAAGCAGAUUCUGAGAGUGUCCAGGAGAAUUUAGAAAUCAACAGACUAUUUGGAAUAAUUACAACCAAAGAAAGCCUGAUUGGAUUAGAAAAUGAGGUUUUUACUUUCUUUGUUAGAGCAGUGGAUGGUGGAUCUCCCCCCAAAGAAUCUGUUGUUCCAGUUUACGUAAAAAUCCUCCCCCCAGAAACUCCCCUCCCCAAGUUUUCAGAGCCUUUUUAUACCUAUACGGUCUCAGAAGACCUGCCCAUUGGAAGUGAAAUAGAUACUAUCAGAGUAGAUUAUGGUCAGCCUGUCUUGUACAGCCUAACCAAAGGGAAUACACCUGAGAGUAAUGGGGGCGAGUUCUUUGUCAUUGACAAACACAGUGGGAAAUUGAAACUAGAGAAGAAUCUCGAUCACGAGACUACAAAAUGGUACCAGUUUUCAGUGGUCGCCCAAAGCACCCAUGAAGACUCGGAGGUGGUGUCCUUUGUAGACAUCAGCAUUCAGGUGAAAGAUGUUAAUGAUAAUAGUCCAGUCUUAGAGUCCAAUCCAUAUGAGGCAUUUAUUGUUGAAAACCUGCCAGGGGGAAGUCGAGUCAUCCAAAUCAAGGCAACUGAUCUCGAUUCAGGAGCCAAUGGCCAAGUCCUCUAUAGUUUAGAUCAGUCACAGAGCUUGGAUGUCAUUGAGUCAUUUGCCAUUGACAUGGAAACUGGAUGGAUUACAACUCUUAAGGAACUCGAUCAUGAAAAGAGAGACAAAUAUCACAUCACAGUCGUUGCGUCUGAUUAUGGGGAGAAAGUACAGCUGUCUUCCACAGCAGUUGUGGAAAUUUCUGUAACAGAUGUGAAUGAUAACCCUCCACGCUUCACUGCAGAAAUUUAUAAAGGGACUGUGAGUGAGGAUGACCCACCUGGUGGUGUGAUUGCCAUAUUAAGCACCACCGAUGCUGAUACCGAAGAGAUUAACAGACAAGUGACUUACUAUAUAACAGGAGGAGAUCCUUUAGGACAAUUUGCAGUUGAAAAUAUACAGAAUGAAUGGAAAGUCUAUGUGAAGAAAUCUUUAGACAGAGAAAAAAGGGACAGCUACCUUCUCACCAUCACUGCAACAGAUGGCGCUUUUUCUUCAAAAGCCGUAGUGGAAGUAAAAGUUCUUGAUGCAAAUGACAACAGUCCCAUUUGUGAAAAGAGUGCCUAUUCAGACACGAUUCCCGAAGAUACUGUUCCUGGGAAACUGAUCAUGCAGGUCUCUGCUAUAGAUGCAGACAUCCGUUCCAAUGCUGAAAUUACUUACACAUUGUCUGGUCCUGGUGCAGAGAAAUUCAAACUAAAUGCAGAUACAGGUGAAUUGAAAACAUCAGCCCCCCUCGACCGCGAGCAGCAAGCAGUCUAUAAUCUUUUAGUCCAAGCUACUGAUGGAGGAGGGCGAUUCUGCCAGAUGAAUGUUAUCUUCACGUUGGAAGACGUCAAUGAUAAUGCCCCAGAGUUCUCCGCUGAUCCCUAUGCCAUCACAGUGUUUGAAAACACCGAGCCCAAGACCCCAUUGACAAGAGUGCAGGCCACCGAUGCAGAUGCAGGACUAAAUCACAAGAUUUCCUACUCAUUGGUGAACUCUGCAGAUGGUCAGUUUUCUAUUGAUGAAUCAUCUGGAAUUAUUCGAUUGGAGAAGCCUUUGGACCGAGAGUUACAGGCGGUGUACAAUCUGAUUUUGAAGGCUGUAGAUCAAGGUCUGCCAAGAAGACUGACUGCUACGGGCACUGUUGUUGUAUCUGUUCUGGAUAUAAAUGACAAUCCACCUGUGUUCGAAUAUCGUGAGUAUGGAGCUACAGUGCCUGAGGAUGUACUCGUUGGAACGGAGGUUCUGCAGGUGUAUGCUGCCAGCCGGGACAUUGAAGCCAAUGCAGAGAUCACUUAUGCAAUCAUCAGUGGCAAUGAGCAUGGGAAAUUCAGUAUUGAUGCCACAACAGGAGCCAUAUUUGUUAUUGACCACUUGGAUUAUGAAAGUUCUCAUGACUAUUACCUGACAGUCGAAGCCACUGAUGGAGGCACGCCUUCCCUGAGUGAUGUUGCGACAGUGAAUGUCAACGUCACAGAUAUCAAUGAUAACACCCCAGUGUUCAGUCAGGACACGUACACCGCAGUGAUCAGUGAAGACGCCAUCCUGGAGCAAUCCGUUGUCACUGUUAUGGCAGAUGAUGCUGAUGGACCUUUAAACAGUCACAUUCACUACUCAAUUAUAGAUGGCAACCAAGGGAAUCCAUUUACUAUUGAUCCUGUAAGAGGGGAAAUAAAAGUGACUCAACUUUUAGACCGGGAGAUGAUUUCAGGAUACACCCUCACAGUUCAAGCAGCAGAUAAUGGCAGCCCUCCCAGAUUCAACACCACCACUGUGAACAUCGAUGUUUCAGAUGUCAACGACAAUGCUCCCGUUUUCUCCAAGGGCAACUAUAGCAUCAUCAUCCAGGAAAACAAGCCUGUGGGUGUCAGCGUCUUGCAGCUGGUGGUGACAGACAAGGAUUCUUCCCAUAAUGGUCCCCCCUUUUCCUUUUCUAUCUUGAGUGGAAAUGAAGAGAAAGCAUUUGAGGUUAACCAGGAUGGAGUUCUUAUAACUUCAACGGCCAUAAAGAAAAAAGUAAAGGAUCAUUACUUCCUUCAUGUCAAGGUGGCAGACAACGGAAAACCUCAGCUGUCUUCUUUGGCUUAUAUCGACAUUAGGGUUAUUGAGGAGAGCAUCUAUCCCCCUGCCAUUUUGCCCCUGGAAAUUUUCAUUACCACCUUUGGGGAAGAAUAUUCAGGUGGUGUCAUUGGGAAGAUCCAUGCAACAGACCAAGAUGUCUACGACACCUUAACAUAUAGUCUUGAUCCCAAAAUGGACAGCCUCUUCUCCGUCUCCAGCACAGGUGGUAAGCUGAUAGCCCACAAAAAGCUAGAUAUGGGACAGUACCUCCUUAAUGUCUCGGUCACUGACGGAAAAUUUACCACUGUGGCUGACAUCAUGGUCCACAUCAGGCAGAUCACCCAAGAAAUGCUCAACCACACCAUUGCCAUCCGCUUUGCCAACCUCACCCCUGAAGAGUUCGUUGGGGACUACUGGCGUAACUUCCAGAGGGCUCUGCGAAAUAUCCUGGGCAUGCGGAGAAAUGACAUCCAGGUGGUGAGUUUGCAAUCCUCGGAACCUCAGUCAAACCUGGAUGUUCUCCUGCUUGUGGAGAAAUCUGGCAGCGCCCACGUCUCAACCAAAGUUCUCCUGCACAAGAUAAACUCCUCCGUGGCUGACAUCGAAGAAAUCAUUGGCGUGAGAAUCCUGGAAGUGUUCCACAAGCUGUGUGCGGGUCUGGACUGUCCAUCAAAAUUCUGUGAUGAAAAAGUGACUGUGGAUGAUAAUGUCAUGUCAACUCACAGCACUGCCAGGCUGAGCUUCGUCACUCCCCGUCACCACCGGGCAGCUGUGUGUCUCUGUAGAGAGGGAAGAUGCCCACUAGUUGAUCAUGGAUGUGAAAGCAAUCCGUGUCCCGAAGGUACUGAAUGUAUUGCUGACCCAAAAGAGGAAAAAUAUACGUGUGUAUGCCCAGGUGGCAAAUUUGGCCAGUGCCCAGUUGGUUCAUCAGUAACAUUUAGUGGGAACAGUUUUGUCAAAUACCGUCUAAUGGAAAACGAAAACAAAUUAGAAAUGAAACUCACCAUGAGGCUCAGAACCUAUUCCACUCAUGCCGUUGUCAUGUAUGCCCGAGGAACAGACUACAGUAUUUUAGAGAUUCACAACGGGAGACUUCAGUACAAAUUUGACUGUGGAAGUGGACCUGGAAUUGUCUCUGUUCAAAGCAUUCAAAUAAAUGAUGGGCAGUGGCACUCCGUGUCCCUGGAAGUGAAUGGGAACUAUGCGCGGCUCGUCCUGGACAGGGUCCACACGGCCUCAGGAACGGCUCCAGGCACCCUGAAGACGCUGAACCUGGAUAACCACGUGUUUUUUGGCGGCCACAUUCGUCAGCAAGACACGAGGCCCGGUAGAAGCCAUCAAGUCAACAAUGGUUUCCGAGGCUGUAUGGACUCGAUUUAUUUGAAUGGUCAAGAACUCCCUUUAACCAGCAAACCAAGAAGUUACGCCCACAUCGAGGAAUAUGUUGAUGUGUCCCCUGGAUGUUUGUUGAUGGCCAUUGAAGACUGCUCUAGUAGUCCCUGUCAGAAUGGAGGCAUUUGUAACCCCUCACCUAGUGGAGGUUAUUAUUGCAAAUGCAGUGCCUUGUACAUGGGUACACAUUGUGACAUCAGUGUGAAUCCGUGUGCCUCCAAUCCUUGCCUCUAUGGUGGGACAUGUAUUAGAGACAAUGGUGACUUUGUCUGCCAGUGCAGGGGCCUGUACACUGGACAGAGGUGUCAGCUGAGUCCAUAUUGUAAAGAUGAACCAUGUAAAAAUGGUGGGACCUGCUUUGACAGCUUGGAUGGUGCUAUCUGUCAAUGUGAAGCUGGUUUUCAUGGAGAAAGGUGUCAAAGUGAUAUUGAUGAAUGUGCUGUUAAUCCGUGCCGUAAUGGGGCUCUUUGCGAGAACACCCAUGGCUCCUAUCGCUGUAACUGUAGCCUUGACUAUCGAGGAAAACACUGUGAAGACUCACUUCCCAAUAAAUAUGUGUCAACUCCAUGGAAUAUCGGGUUAGCCGAAAUAAUAGGAAUCGUCGUGUUCGUCAUAGGCAUCUUCCUACUAGUGGGGAUAUUUAUUGUGUGCCGCAAAAUGAUCCGGAAAAAGAAGAAACACCAAGCAGAACCCGAGGACAAGCAUUUGGGACCCACAACAGCUUUCUUACAAAGGCCAUAUUUUGAUUCAAAACUCAAUAAGAGCAUUUACUCAGACGUACCGCCCCAGGUGCCUGUCCGCCCCAUUUCUUACACUCCAAGCAUUCCAAGCGACUCCAGGAACAAUCUUGACCGAAAUUCCUUCGAAGGGUCCGCCAUUCCCGAGCACCCUGAGUUUAGCACCUUCAACCCAGAUUCCAUGCACGGACACCGGAAAGCCGUGGCGGUCUGCAGCGUUGCACCCAAUUUGCCUCCCCCACCUCCUUCCAACUCUCCUUCAGACAGUGACUCGAUCCAGAAGCCUAACUGGGAUUUCGACUAUGAUACUAAAGUGGUAGAACUCGAACCCUGUAUUUCAAAGAAGCCUCUGGAGGAAAAAGUAUCCCAUCCUUACAGCGCUCGGGAAAGCCUGUCUGAAGUCCAGUCCCUCAGCUCUUUCCAGUCAGAAUCCUGCGAUGACAAUGGAAAAAUCCUUCACCCAGAGAGAUAAUAAAUCACCUGUGCCUUCCCAUCUGACACCAUUCUUC